UACGUGUUUAUGGUCUUCAUAAACGUUAAUUACAUAAGAAUCUUAGCUGUGAUCUUGUGUUUCCGCAUGUGGGUUUGAUCGAUUUAGAUCGUUGGGUUUUUUUUUUCCGACCGGAAAUAUGAGGUACUGAGAGAUUAGUAGGUGUUCUAUGUAAACAGAGAGAUGGUAGGGAUACAAGAGAAGAAGUUUCUGACAGUGGCACCGUUCGAGUGUGCGUGGAGAGAAGAUCUAAAGUUCCGGGAACCGGGUAGAGGUUGUGUUGCCUUUGAUGCUUUUGCACAUAACGACGUAACGGUGGUCUUCAGGGAGAAUGUCGGGAGCCGACAUUACCAUUACAAGAAGGACAAUAGUCCUCAUUACAUUGUGAUCAUCGGAAGCAAUAGGAACCGUAGGCUGAAAAUUCUGGUGGAUGGGAGAGUUGCGGUUGAUGAGGAAGGCAUCGGUCUUUGUUGUUCUUCGGGGUUUCAGAGUUACUGGAUUGGUAUCUAUGACGGGUUGAUCAGCAUCGGGGAAGGUCGGUACCCGUUCCAGAAUCUGGUGUUUCAGUGGCACGACACUAAACCCAAUUGUAAUGUUCAGUAUGUUGGGCUCAGCAGCUGGGAUAAACAUGUUGGGUAUAGAAAUGUGAGUGUGUUUCCCUUGACUCAGAAUCAUAUCCUGUUAUGGAAGCAAGUGGAUUGCCAUGAGCUUAAAGGAGAAGAAUUGGGUGAUGAAAAGCUGGUGGAGGAAGAGAUGGCGUAUGAACAAUGGGGAUGCAGUAAUUUUCUGGAGAGUUGGCAAUUGUCCGAUAUGUUCUUUGUCAUUGGAGAAGAGGAAACUCCUGUCCCUGCUCACAAGGUUAUUUUACAAGCAUCUGGUAACUUUCCGUUGAGUUCAUCUGAUGGAGAUGUCAUCCGACUUCGUGAAGUGACUUAUCCGAUUCUCCAUGCACUUCUUCAGUAUAUCUAUACAGGACGGGUUCAGAUUUCAGAAUCAGAACUUGCUUCAUUGCGUGCUUUGAGCUCUCGAUUUGAAGUGGUACCACUGGUGAGGCAGUGUGAAGAAAAUAUGGAACAGUUAAAAUUAAGAGACAAAGCAUUUGAACCCUGUAAAAAAGUCAAGAUCUCAUGUCCGAUCUCACAGCCCCUGUCUAGUCUUAUGUUUCCGUGUUCCUUCCCUGUUAAUGUGGAGAAGCUUAAAAUGAUGUAUUCAACCGGUGAAUACUGUGAUGUCAAAAUCAAUGCCGGUACGGAAGGUCUCACUUUCCACUGUCAUAAAGCUAUUCUCAGUCUGUGGAGUGUUCCAUUUGCAAAGAUGUUCACUAAUGGAAUGAGUGAAAGCCGGUCAUCAGAGAUUUUUUUAAGUGAUGUAUCAGCAGAAGUGUUUAAAGCUAUGGUAAACUUCAUGUAUAGCGGAGAGUUGAGAAUAGAGGACACCAUGGAUUUCGGUACGAAUUUGCUCCAUCUUCUUUUUCUGGCUGAUCGUUUUGGAGUUAUUCCGCUUCAUCAAGAAUGCUGCAAGAUGGUGUUGGAAUGUCUCUCGGAGGAUUCUGUAUGUUCAGUUCUGCGAGUGGUUUCAUCUAUCUCGUCAUGUAAACUCAUAGAGGAGAUGUGCAAGAGGAAAUUCUCCAUGCAUUUUGACUAUUGCACCACCGCAAGUUUGGACUUUGUCUCGUUAGAUCAAGAAACUUUCAGUGAUAUUCUAGAGUCUGCAGAUUUGACUGUGACAUCUGAGGAGAAGGUCCUCAAUGCAAUUCUCAUGUGGUGCAUUGAAGCUGAGGAAUCUUGCAGUUGGGAAGUGAUUGACGAGCUAAUGGGAAGUUCUAAUGCAGAAACUCUGUUCAAAGAAAGGCUUCACUUGCUUGAUGACCUGUUGCCACAUGUACGCUUCUCGUUAUUGCCACAUGAGUUGCUCAAGAAGCUAGAAAGCAGCAACCUUAGCAGGCAGAUUCCAGUUUUUAGUCGUCUCGUUAAGGAGGCUAGUAGUUAUCUGGAAUCAGGAGUAACACGCCCCGGAAAACUACAAAUGUUCCAACACCGAAGAUCCAGUUACAAGGAGCUUCAGUACAUAUGUGACGGAGAUAGUAACGGGGUACUGCACUAUGCGGGUACAUCCUACGGGGAUCAUCAAUGGGUCAAUCCCGUUCUUGCAAAGAAAAUUACCAUUAUUGUCAGCAGCCCCACAUCAAGAUUCACCGAUCCAAAGACUUUAGCAUCUAGAACUUACAUGGGAACGUCCUUUGCAGGGCCUAGGAUGGAAGAUGGGCAGAUAUCUUCGUGGUGGAUGGUAGAUUUAGGCAAAGAUCACCAGCUCAUGUGCAACUACUACACAUUGAGACAGGAUGGGUCGAGGACAUACCCGAGAUCUUGGAAGCUUCAGGGAUCAAUGGACGGGAACAGUUGGGCAGAUGUGAGGGUCCACGAGGACGACCAAACCAUGUGCAAGCUAGGCCAAUUUGCAUCGUGGCCUAUCGUCGGAGCGAACUCCUUGCUACCAUUCAGGUAUUUCAGGGUCGUCAUGACGGGUCCAACGGCUGAUGCAUCUAAUCCGUGGAGCUUCUGCAUAUGUUUCUUGGAACUGUACGGCUACUUCCGUUGAGCGGACACCAGCUUUGUCAUGUCUAAAACUCAUGACAAGACUUUUGCUUUGUGACGUUGUUUGAAGACAAAAUGUUUUCACUACAGUGGGAUUGUCUUUGUGUCCCAAUGAUGGAUGAAAAUUAAUUUCCGAAUUUGAUUUGAGUUAGGUAAUAUAUAAAAUAUGGUUUGUGUGAUUA